AUGGUCAAGUUAAGUUGUUGUUGGACGUUUUUAAUACUGCUGACCUUUUCAAGGGCCCAGGAUGCCGAAGAAACGGCCAUUGUUUCCAGUUCUGAAAGCGAUUUGACUGAGGAUAAAUGCAACAAUAAGAGGGAUGGCUGUUGCUCCGAACUUUAUAUAGGAGACGAAGAGGAUAUGGUCAAGUGUUUCGUUAUACACUCGCCGAAAUUACCAGCGGAUGGAGAUAGCGACAUUGGCAAGACCCUGAGGUUUCUAUCGUGCUUUGUGGAGUGCCUGUACAAGCAAAAGAAGUACAUCGGCAAGAGCGAUACCAUUAACAUGAAGAUGGUAAAGCUGGACGCAGAAAAGAUGUAUGCGGAUCGACCAAAGGAGAAGGAAUACCACAUAGAAAUGUAUGACUUCUGCCGAAAGGAUGCAGUGGGAGUUUAUAAUCUUCUAAAGGCCAGUCCCGGGGCAAAGGUUCUUCUAAAGAACGCCUGUCGUCCCUACCUACUAAUGGUAUUCCUGUGCAUGAGCGACUACCACCAGAAACACGAGUGCCCCUACUUCCGCUGGGAGGGCAGCGAGAAGGCGGGAACGAAGGACCUGUGCGAGGAUGCCAAAGCCAAGUGCUACCUAAUUGACGGAAUAACGCUGCCCACAAAGAGUCCUUUAUAAAAAGGGCUUACUUAAUGUAUAGUUAAUUCAAAUAAAAUCAAAAGUGGUAAAGCGA